AUGUGGUUUCCGUGUAACGGUGGUGGAACGUGGUUGUUGUGGACGACAGCAACGACGGUGCAGCCGGUGAACGUGGUGACGGUGCUGGUCGUUGUCCACGUUGUUACGAUGGUUUCCUCGUCCUUAGUGACUUUGGUGUUCCUCGUUUGCCUGCAAACGGUACUACUCUCGACAGUGAGCAACUGCGCGAAGACGAUCAGCAUGUACUGGAACAUCACUAAUUCCAUAUUUCGAAUAGACAACACAGAUCACAUAAUAGACGUGAACAAGAACAACGCGCAGUUCGAGUACGAUCAGCUGAACAUAGUAUGUCCUGCGUACACACCGGGGACGUAUGACGACGAGGUGGAGAAGUAUAUUAUCUACAACGUGUCCAAGGAGGAGUACGAGACAUGUCGGAUAACGAAUCCGAGUCCGCGGGUGAUAGCGGUCUGCGACAAGCCGUACAGCAAGCAGUACUUCACGAUCACCUUCAGGCCGUUCACACCGCAACCCGGAGGCCCGGAGUUUCUGCCGGGACACGAUUACUACUUCAUCAGCACCUCGUCCAAGGACGACCUUCACAAGCGGAUCGGCGGAAGGUGCACCACGAACAACAUGAAAGUCGUGUUUAAAGUCUGCUGCCGCAACGAGUCCGACACUUCGUUGUCCUCCGCGACGUCGCGCAAUAACUCGGUCCCCGUGACCAGCAGCACCGUGCCAAGCAGCAGCUCGACCAGCCCCGCGGUUUUGGGUGGAGGAGCCGCUGGACUGCCACCCCCGCCACCGCCUAGCGUCCUCAAGGGCGGAGAUCGAUUCUACCCAGGGGGCAGUAUUCAUCAUCAUCACGAUCAUCAUCAACCGGCCACAGCAGCGCCGACCCUGCCCCACGUGCCCCCUCCGGCUAUCUACCCCGUGCAUCCACAUCAGCCUCCGAUUCACAAUGGACCGCCGUCUUCCUUGCCGCCCAAGACCCCGAUCGGCCAGAAGAAGAAGAACAAAGAAUAUUCGGACCACCCGAACGAAGUGGUGAAGAACGAAGAAUUGACCUACAACGGGGCGAGUUCCAGCCGCGUUCAGAAUCGGUGCAGCGAGCUUGCGGUGGUGCUGACAGGAAGCCUGUUGAUCAGCACGUUUCUGCCACAGUUACUGCGGUGAAGCAACGGCGCUACCGACGAGAACGUAUAUCCCAUACGUCGA